AUGUCAGAUAAUGCUGCACUGAACUCGGCCGACGAAGCCGCGACGGCUGCAAAUCGUGCAUUCAACAUCCAACUAUGGACUCUUUACGCUGUCGGCAUGCUGAUGACGAUUCUCCGAACGUACGCUCAAUGGAAGAAUGUUGGCUGGAGGAAUUUCCAUGUGGAUGACUAUCUCAUAUGGGUCGCGGCGUUGUUUUACUCUUGCCAGUCGGCUUUGGCAUACAGCAUAGGUACCUUUGCCCAAAGCCUUGCCAACAAUAGCAUGACCGAUGAGCAACGGGCUGCGCUCACUUCGAACGAUCCAGAAUAUGAUUUGAGGGUCCUGGGUUCUAAGAUUCAGGUCGCAGGCUGGACAUGCUAUUCCAUUCUUAUUGGUCUACUCAAACUGUCAAUGUUGAUAUUCUAUAUCCGACUCACUGAUGGCCUGAGCAGCCGCUACCGCAUGCCGAUUUGGAUAGGGUUUGGGCUUGUGGGAAUCACAAUCGUGGUGUCGAUUCUGGCAAUCAUGUUAUCUUGCCACCCAUUUGAAGGAUAUUGGCAAAUAUAUCCAGACCCUGGAAAUGCAUGCCAAGCUGCUAUCUCCAAGCCGAUAAUCUGGACGACAUUUUCCUCGAACGUAGUAACCGAUCUUUACCUGAUCGCCAUUCCACUGCCUCUGCUGUGGGAGUCCAGGCUGAGGAUGGUGAAUAAAAUUGUAGCUAGUAUUGUACUUGGUGCCGGUAUUUUCGUUCUCGUUUGUGCGGCACUGAAAACCAUUUUCGUCUUCGAAGACUCUGCCAACGGCGCCCAGCUUGCUGGAGAGUGGGGGACCCGGGAGGCUUUUGUGGCAGUAUGCACGACCAAUCUUCCUCUGAUCUUUUCUCUCCUCAAGAAGUGGCUCAAGCCGUUGUUCGGCAACGUUCUGCGAAGCUCUGCACAUACGCCCAAAUACAACUUUCCCGACGGGUUUCAGACAAUUGGCGGCGGCAACGGCGAUUCUCACGGAAGAAGGUACAGGAAAGGUGGGCUGUCCAACAGGACAGUUGCAACCGCAGGGGUGUCUAUGAAUGGAAGCGAGGAGCGUAUCGUGACAGAUGUGAAGAUGCAAAACCUGGGCAUUGCCGUAUCCAGUGUACCUGACAACUUGCCGUCGCAUAGGAUCAUGGUUUCCAAUGAGGUGCAAGUUGUUUCCGAAGACAGAAACAACCAAAAGGAGGAUCAUUGCCAGUAUGUACAAGAGAGUUGGCGACCUGCAGGCUUGUAG